CUCUCGAGACUCGGCUUCCUCACACCUCCUUUCUGUGCUAUUAAGCAGCCGUUCAUGUUCCCCUCUUAAUUCCAUUUCUACAUCUCUCUUCUUACUCAUCUAAAAUAUAUGGACAUGGAAAUGGAAGGGCUACCAGCCCCCCGCUUCCUCUUUCUCGUCUUCACAGUAUUCAUAUUGUGCCUCGCUUCUUCAUCACGAGCUUGUCCAGAAGAACCCUUCCAAUGUGGGGAUUAUUCCUUCGCACAUCCUUUCGGAAGAAAGGACAGCGGCUGCGGGGACCUCGCUCUUCAGCUUCGCUGUGAUGAUGGACUUAUGCCUCUACUGAAUAUUAGUGGGUACGACUACUACCUAAUAAAACGCCAAGUCUAUAAGAAUGGGGAUCCCAACAAUCAUAUGACAAUAAUUGAAAAGAAUGUGUGGGAGGGUAAAUGCAACCCAUGGACCAGUAACCCUGGACGGCAAUCCUUGUCUACCGAUCAAUUUCAGAUUGAGGAGCAAAACAUAAAGUUGGCUCUGUCGGAGCAGUGUAAUGCAACGGCCAAUUUCCCCCUUCUACAAUGUAACGGUAGCUGGCAUUACAGUUCAGAUCUUCAAGAGUCCGAGUUCAGUCACGUAUGUAAGCCAGAAAUUAUGCUGCUGGUUGAGAGCCUGCCAACAACUGUAUCAGAUCGAAUUCCAGGGUUCCAAGUAGAAUGGAAUAUCAGCCAAAACUGCAGUAAGUGCAGCUCGAGUGGUGGAAAUUGUACCUAUGAUCCCUUUACGACGCAGUUUUGGUGCCUCUGCAAAGGCGGCUGGUAUCCAGAGAAAUGUCCCGCUCGUUUUGUAGGCAAUUCAAGGGUUAAAACUGCCAUCAUUGCAAGUGUGGUCAUUGGAACCGGUGCAUUGUUAGUGAUGGGAAUACUGGUUGUGUUCGUUAAUAGGAGGCGGUGGUUUUCCGCAUCUUCCAAGAAACUUGAUCUCUCUAAUGUAGAAAAGUUCUUGCAAGAUUAUGUUCAUCAAAUGCCAUGUAGAUAUUCAUACUCUCAGCUCAUGAAGAUCACCAGUAAGUUUACACAUAGAGUGGGGGAAGGAGGCUUUGGUGUGGUGUAUAAAGGAAAGCUAUCUACUGGCGAUCUAGUGGCCGUUAAAAUGCUUGAUCAGUCUAGACACUCUGAGAAUCAAUUCAUGAAUGAAGUAGCAACCAUCGGAAGGAUCCAUCAUGUCCAUUUGGUUCGCCUCAUGGGAUAUUGCUACGAAGGAAACAGAAACGCAUUGGUGUAUGAGUACAUGGCUAAUGGAUCUCUAGACAAGUUUAUAUUUGCAGGAAGAGAGAAGGAACAAAUCCUAAAUUGGGCACAGCUGUAUUCAAUUGCCUUAGGUGCAGCUCGUGGAAUAGCCUAUUUACACCAAGAUUGUAACAAUCGUAUCAUUCAUUUCGACAUAAAACCCCACAACAUAUUACUGGAUGAAGAGUUCACACCAAAGGUAGCUGAUUUCGGUCUGGCUAAACUCUUGGAGAAGAAAAUGGAUCAUAUAUCAAUGACAGCAGCAAGAGGAACACCAGGAUAUGCUGCGCCAGAGGUUUGGAAUAGAAAUUUGGGACCUGUAACGGACAAGUCAGAUGUUUACAGUUUUGGAAUGGUAUUAUUGGAGAUGGUCGGAGGAAGAAAGAAUGUUGGUGUGAAGGUAAGCCGGUCCAGUCAAUUGUAUUUUCCAGAGUGGGCAUUCAAGUUGAUGGAGAAUGAGCAGUUGGAGAGGGUGUUGAGAGGAAGUGGUAAGGCAGAAAUAGAGUGUGAAGAGAAGGAGAAAGCUAUAAGGCUGGUCAAAGUAGGACUAUGGUGCAUUCAGUAUACCUCAAGAGAUCGACCGAGCAUGAGCAGAGUGGUUCAAAUGUUAGAAGGAAAUGGUGAUGAUAUAACCAAUCCUCCCCUGCCUUUCAAUUCAUCAAUUAGGGCUGCACCUUCAAUAGAUUCAAGUGAAGAGUCUUCUGUAUAACCAACCAAGGAAAUCUCAUUCAAACCCUUCAUUCUGGUCGUUGGCACUAUUGCAAGGAAUAUGAGCAGAAGAGGGAUAUCACACGACGCUUCAAGUAUUCGACCUCACCGAGUACACUGAGUGUCACAUUAUUCCGAUUUUAUUGUAAAUGAAAACCAAAGUGAAUUAGCAGAUUACCAAAUCAUUUUCUUGAGCACACAUUUUAUCUAGAUAUAUAUAGAUUUGA